AUGUCCGACAGCCCAGAGUCCCGCCGUGUGACGGCCCUCACCACCGGCCCCUCACCACCGGCCCCUCACCACCGGCCCUCACCACCGGCCCCUCACCACCGGCCCCUCACCACCGGCCCUCACCACCGGCCCCUCACCACCGGCCCCUCAUCACCGGCUCCUCACCACCGGCCCUCACCACCGCCCCUCACCACCGCCCCUCACCACCGGCCCUCACCACCGCCCCUCAUCACCGGCUCCUCACCACCGGCCCUCACCACCGCCCCUCACCACCGCCCUCACCACGGCCCUCACCACCGCCCCUCAUCACCGGCUCCUCACCACCGGCCCUCACCACCGCCCCUCACCACCCCUCACCACGGCCCCUCACCACCGCCCCUCACCACCGCUCACCACCGGCCCCUCACCACCGGCCCCUCACCACCGCCCCUCACCACCGGCCCUCACCACUGGCCCCUCACCACCGGCCCUCACCACCGGCUCCUCACCACCGGCCCCUCACCACCGGCUCCUCACCACCGGCCCUCACCACCGGCCCCUCACCACCGGCUCCUCACCACCGGCCCUCACCACCGGCCCCUCACCACCGGCCCUCACCACUGGCCCCUCACCACCGGCCCCUCACCACCGGCCCUCACCACCGGCUCCUCACCACCGGCCCUCACCACCGGCCCCUCACCACCGGCUCCUCACCACCGGCCCUCACCACUGGCCCCUCACCACCGGCCCUCACCACUGGCCCCUCACCACCGGCCCUCACCACUGGCCCCUCACCACCGGCCCCUCACCACCGGCUCACUCUGCUACCACUGGAAGUUUCUUCUCAGACAGAAAAACAAUAAAAAAGCAGAUGAAAGCACAGCCUUCAGGGUUUUGUUGCAACGACCCUCUUUGGUCUGGUAUGACCGGUAG